AUGCCCUACAAGCAGCAGAAGAAGAAUCAUAAUGCCCCUAAGAACGGCUCGCCCCGGAGGGAACAUAAACAGUCCCCUCCGGAUACUUCUCCGCUAGCGCCUUCGACGGUCACAACCAAUUAUCGAGAGAUUCACCAGAAUGAGGCCGAGGCUUUACGCUCAAUUUACGGCGAUGACUUCGAGGAAGUUGAGAACAGGCGUUCAGCCUGGCAGCAAUCUUCCGAUAUUUCGUUCAAACUUCAUCUACACGCUUCUUCGAAUGCCGAGAUCCGAGUUGUGUUGCUCGUUGAAUUGCCAGCAACUUAUCCCAAGACUUACCCGAUACUUUCCUUAGAAAGCCUCGGUCGCCUUCGCCAACGUACACAGUCUAGGAUCCUAGAUAUUAUUCAGCAAAAACCUAAAACUCUUUUGGGCACGGAGAUGAUAUAUGAGAUUGCGGUUUCUAUUCAAGAUGCCCUUGAAGAUGCGGCACAGGCCAAGGCUCACGAUAAGGACCUUCCUAGUCUUGAGGAGGAGCGUAUUGAACAUGAAACAGCGGCUAUCCAGCGGGCAGAGCAGGAGAGACAGGAAGAAAUUCGAAAACAGGAAGCUGCCACGGCAGCAGAGGAAAGGGAACUGCAGCAAUUGUUGGAAGACAAGGUCAGACAGCGUACGAAAGCUCGAAUGUCUAGGCGUAAAAGCCGGACCAGUGGGUUGAAUUUACCCGGUCUUUCCGAUGUCGCAGAAGAUAGCCCAGGUGCCGUUAUUUUCGACCCUCCGCUGGUCAUGAAAGAUGAGCUGAAGCAGCCGUUAACUUUCCGUGCCGUCUAUGGCAAGACACUGCUACAGAGCGCUCCGGACGUAGAGACCUUCACUGUUCGACCGGUGGUUCCUGAAGACCGACUGCAUGCACCCCUCUUGAUCUUGAAAGAGUUCUCCAUCGACGAGAAGGAAUCUGACACUCUGGCAUUCAGAGAGCAAAUGCGUGCCAGUGAAGAUAAGCUAGAAGGCCUGAAAAAAUUACGCCAUCCGAAUCUAGUCGAUUUUAUUGGAUUUACGAUCCAUCGUCCUCUUGGUCCUUCGGAUUCGUGGCGGAUUUAUGCACUUUUCGAGUACGCAAACAAAGGUUCAUUGUCAGAGUUGUUGGAUAUUGUGGGGACCAUCGCCGUUGAUACUCUCCGCUCCUGGAUGAUUCAGCUUCUCGAGGCCCUGGAAUUCUACCACCGCAGCGGAUUCGUCCAUGGGAAUAUUCAUUGCGGCCACGUGCUUUUGUUCAGAGGCCCUUCUGGUGGUACGAGUGUGAAAUUACAAGCCAGCGUUGGGGAAGCCCUUCCCGGUCCAGCAGCUCGGAAAAGAAAUCUCAAAACAUCCCAGUCUCCCUUCUGGAUACCUACCGAGUUAACUCAAGAGGGCGCAUCUCCGACCACAAAAACUGACGUUUGGGACCUGGGAAUAAUCCUUUUACAGAUGGGCUUUGGGAAAGAUGCGUUGUUGCGAUAUACGUCUGUCAAUGCAUUGAUAGGAACACUUCCUUUAUCUCCCCCUAUGCAGGAUUUACUGCGUGAGAUAUUUAGACCUGAUCCAAAAAAGCGUCCAACGGCUUUCCAACUCCAACCGUCUGAAUUUUUCCGUGUGGAUGCACCAUUGGUUCUUCACGGUAGCGCGUCUAGCUCCAUUUCACUACCAAGGCGCCCACGUCUUGACUCCCAGGGAGGGUUGCCUUCCCUCUCUCGAUAUAGCCAAGAUUUCGACGAGGCUGGCCGCCUAGGCAAAGGAGGAUUCGGUGAAGUUGUAAAGGCAAGGAACAAGCUGGACGGCCGAUUCUACGCUAUUAAGAAAAUAUCACAGAAGUCAGCGGCUUCACUGAAGGAUACUCUUUCGGAAAUAAUGCUGUUAUCACGCCUCAAUCAUCCGUACGUGGUUCGUUACUUCACUGCAUGGCUUGAGGAAGGUUAUGAUAGUAUAGACGAGGAUGCGAUCUCAUCAGUCAAUGGUGAAACAAGUUUUGACCAUGAUAGCCAUGACGAAGACGAAAUCAAGUAUAGCAGUACUGGUGGUCUUGAUUUCAUCAGUUCUAGGGGCUAUCCCAAAAUCGAGUUUGGUUUCGAUAGCGACGAAGAGAAUGAUGGGACGCUAUCAGUUUCAGAAAAUGGGGAUACAUUCAAUAACUAUGAGACCACUAGCAGUGCAAGAAGACCAGAGAUGGGCCUUGGUCGUGUGAGAUCAGGUUCGUCAAGCAGGCCGGUUCCCACCACGCUUUACAUACAAAUGGAGUACUGUGAGAAGCAUACUCUGCGUGAUCUGAUACGAAAUGGCCUGUAUGAUGACGUUGACCGUUCCUGGCGCCUAUUUCGGCAAAUCCUGGACGGAUUGAGCCACAUACAUAGCCAUGGAAUUAUACAUCGAGAUCUGAAACCUGAUAAUAUCUUCAUUGACGUUGCAAAUAAUCCACGCAUCGGCGAUUUCGGUUUGGCAACCAGCGGACAGUUCACGACUGCCGUCCGCUCGUCUACGGCAACUAAUUUCGAGGAGAGCUUCACACGCAGUCUUGGCACAACCUAUUAUGUUGCUCCUGAAAUGAAGUCUGGGUUUAAGGGGCGCUAUAAUGAGAAAGUUGAUAUGUAUUCUUUGGGCGUCAUCUUUUUCGAAAUGUGCCACCCACUGCCCACAAAUAUGGAACGAGACGAAACGUUGAGAAGAAUACGGGAAGAUAAUCAUGCUCUUCCGCCAACGUUUCAGCAGUCGGAGAAAGUGGUGCAGGGAGAGAUCAUUGAAUCUCUUUUGAGCCAUGUGCCAGCUGAGCGUCCAUCGGCCAGUGAGCUUCUUCAGAGUGGUAAAAUCCCUCUUCAAGUCGAAGAAGAGACGUUCAGGCGAGCUAUUGUACAUUUACUGUCCGAUCCCAAUUCACCCGACUACAAGAAAAUCCUUUCAGCGAUAUUCUCCCAAUCGCUUCCGAAAUUCGAAGAUAUUGCCUGGGAUAUGGACUCUCGCGGGACACCAGCGGCUAAUGAACUGCUGGUGCAAAGUCUGGUAAAAGAACGUUUGACGUCAAUAUUCUAUAGACAUGGGGCCGUUGAAACUCACAGGCAGAUGCUUUUCCCGCGAUCUCAUCAUUACCAGAAUGAUGUCGUGCGACUGCUCGAUUCUUCAGGCACCCUGCUUCAAUUACCUUAUGAUCUGACUCUCCCAAAUGCCCGUGCAAUUCCACGACAGGAUAGAUCCUUAGAGAAGACGUUUGCAUUCGGCACAGUCUACAGAGAGUCUUCCCAUGGCGGUGAACCAAGGACACAUAAAGAAGUGGAUUUCGAUAUUGCAUCUCACAAUACACUGGAUUUAGCGUUGAAAGAGGCGGAAGUAAUUAAGGUAUUGGACGAGAUUAUUGAAGAAUUUCCGCCGUUGAGAUCCGCUCCGAUGUGUUUCCUGAUAAAUCACUCCGAUUUGCUUCAACUCAUCAUGGAGUUUUGCAGGAUAAGUUCUCGUCAGAUUCCACGUGUUAAGGAGAUCAUCAGCAAGUUAAACGUCGGAAAAUGGACGAUGCAAAAGAUCCGUAGCGAACUUCGUUCACCAGCCGUUGGUGUCGCGUCAACUUCACUAGAUGAUCUCGCCAGAUUUGACUUCAGAGAUAAUCCGAGGCAGGCGCAAAAAAGAUUGCAUGCAAUCAUGGAGGGCACCGAAUUUGCCGAGAAGCUUGGACCUAUAUUUGCACGUUUGAACUUGCUGGUCGCCUAUUUGCAAGGGUUCGAAGUUAAGAGGAAGGUCUACGUGAAUCCCCUUGGAAGCUUGAAUGACAAGUUCUUCAAAGGUAGUAUCCUUUUCCAGUGCGUCUUCGACAGUAAACGACGGGAUGUGUUUGCCGCGGGUGGAAGAUAUGAUCGAUUGAUCCGGGAAUUCUCUCCGAAAGUUCUGUCGAACCAUACCCAGGCUCAUGCGGUGGGUUUCAACCUCAGCUGGGACAGACUAAGCUCUUCAAUGCUCGAAUAUUUAAAAAGCCCUAUGAAGACGUCUCUCAAGCCUCCUGAAGAGACAGGGACUUCUUGGAGGACUCGAAGGUGUGAUGUGCUUGUCGCCAGCUUCGAUGCUACAGUGCUGCGUACUCUUGGUGUCAAGAUUGUUCAAGAUCUAUGGGCAAAUGACAUCAGUGCAGAGCUUGCAGUUGACGCAUCUUCACUUGAAGAGCUUCUUUCGAAAUAUCGAGAAGAUAAUCACAGUUGGAUCGUGAUUGCAAAGCAGGAUAGUAAGGAACGAGGCUUUAAGGUAAAGAGUCUUGUUCGCAAAGAGGAAUUCGAUUUGAGGAGCUCUGAGCUCAUCACUUGGCUUCGCUAUGAAAUACGGGCGCGGAAUAGUCGUGAAGGCAUAACUGAUACUCCAAGACCGCCAAAAUCAUUCAGCCCGCAUGACUCGAUGGCCGCAAACGAGCGAGUUAACGAUGUGCGCAUUUUGGUGUCGCAGCAUCGAAGUAAGAAGACAAAUAGGAGGAAUAUUGUUGAGUCUGCCCUCCUUCGCUCCCGCGAGGUCGUCGAGAAAGCACUGAAUGGUCCUAUUGCGGCGAUUGAUACGCGGGACGAUGUACUUGAAGCCAUUCGGGACACCCGUCUAUCGGAUCCCGACAGCUGGCGCACUGUUAUACAGAACGCACCUCUCACUGAGCGAAAAUAUCUCACUCAAGUGCACGAACUACUUUGCGAUCUUGCCAAUGAAAGUCGCGCAGGUGGUGACGGCACGGAAACUUGUUCGAACGCUUUUAUAUACAACUAUCGUACGGGUUCUUGUUUAUAUUAUGACCUUGGAGGUGCAGUGGAUAGGUGACGCAGAAGUAUAGGUCGCAGACGACAGAUCUCACACCUCGGCAUGGGGCCUUUUAUAUUUAUCCAUUGGUUUAGUUGUUUUGUGUAUAUCUUAUAAGCGAGUUUAAUGUCUGUUACGCUUUAUGUGCAACGAGCAAAGUCACGAAUACCACAUGCUUGAACGAAGGAUUUUUGAGGUAUCACUUGCUAUUAUACAUGAUAGAAAAUGGACGAUCGAUAAACUAGUCACUCUCAUCGUCACUCCCGUAUGAUACUAACGGCCCUCCAGAGGGUCGAGGCGCUUGUGUCGUUACACGCCCUGACAGUCCAUUUAGUGCAGCAACAGUUGAACUGGAAAAUAUGCCACCUUGCACUUCUUGCGGAGUCGCAGCAGCAGAUGCAGCUGGGGGUGCUGAUUCCAUCAGCAAGGGCUGGCUUGAUCCCUCAAGCUGGGCGGUUUGCUCAGCGUUCUCCAGCUGCUUCGAUCGGGCAUACCACACUUCAUCAGGCGGCUCGUAGCCAUCCAAACCAAACGUCCCCUCUAGCUUUUUCCUCUUCCGCGCCUCUGGAUCCCGACCCUCUAGUUCCGCGACAAACUCCGCCGGAAGAGCCCUCCGCACGGCUUCAGCGGCCUGUUCCUCCAACCGCCUCGCCUCACGCUUCUGGGCCAACGGGUUCGGAUCAACCGUCGCCCACCGAACGUUGAGAAUCUCAUUGUGAUCCAAACUCUGGUGUGCCAUAGCCUCUUUCGCAAACUGCGCAUUCGCCUCAUUGGUGUACGUGACGAAGGCAACGCCGCGAGAAGUAAGCACACGGAUGCGCUCGAUCUGGCCCCAUUCGGCGAAAUGACGCGAAACGACCUCCUCAAUAUCAUCGGUAACAUGGAUCCGACCAACGUAGAGCGUUCUAUUCUGCCGCAUAAACGAACCAACACCGCCCAUGUCAUCGCGGUAAUCGCUGAACUUGUCCCGUCCGAAACAAUCCACAUUCGGAUUGAACAAAUCAUGCAGCAUCGGCAGACGGUGCAGGUACUCGCAUUCGUGGCCCUUGGGGCAGAGACCCCGCGCGAAAAACAAACAGAAGUAUGAUCCGGGCACUUUGUCCGCGCGAGUAUACCCACUGUCCUUCGCGACGUUGCAGCGUGAUGGCGCAGCGUGUUUCGAGAGGUAUUUGUCCUCGCGGUCUCCGCCGGACCACUUGUUGUACCAGAUGUUGAAGACCGUGCCGGUCUGUGGGGGUGGUUCUGAUUUGACCUGUUCGGGGUCUACCUGGGGUCGAGCUGGGCGUCGCUUGCGGCGAAUCACCUUUUUAGUCUUCUUCUGGACGACGUCCGUGUCAGCGCCUGCGACGGCGAUGGUGACGGCAGUCUCUGAUGAAGGGUGUGUGAGGGCAUUCUCAUCGUUGGGUGUGCCCUCGAGAUUGUGUUGUUGCUGGGGCUCCACGGUCCCCGUCUCUGAACCGAUAACUGCUGUGUCUGCCAUGGCUGCCGUGCUCUGAGAAG